UUCACAAAGUCACAUGACUGCCUGAAGUCCCAUUUCCUCGACACAACAAACUUAACCGGGGAUAGACUCGCUGGUAUGGCAGGCUGGACAAAUCUGAGGUGACGGUUGAGUGUAGAUAUUGUAGUUAACUCGCAGGACAUGCCAGAGUUUCUGUCAGGAGCCUCUAAGAUAAAAUGGCGUUGUCAUUGCCAUCAGCUGUGGCCCUUGUUUUCCUCACAGCACAAGUGACCCACUCAGCAGAAAGCAAUAAAUGUGUUGGCAGAAACUUCGGCCAUGACUCAGUGGUGUGUGAGUGUAAUUCAACCUACUGUGACAGUGUCGGGUCAGUCACCCUGCCUCCACUGGGACAGUACUCCUCCUACCUGAGCAGCAUGGCAGGCAGCAGACUGGAGCCAGGCCGGGGUCAGGUCCAGGUGAACAGCACCGGGGCAGGCCUCAGGCUGACAGUCGUUCCCUACCAGAAGUACCAGAAGAUCAGGGGAUUUGGUGGAGCUAUGACAGACGCUGCAGCAAUUAACAUCCUGUCCCUCUCUGCUGGUGCACAGGACCAGCUGCUACGACAGUAUUUCUCUAGUGAAGGUAUCGGCUACAGCGUGGUGCGUGUCCCCAUGGCCAGCUGUGACUUCUCCACCCGUCUGUACACCUACGCUGACACACCUGGAGACUACAACCUGGACAACUUCACUCUGGCCCCUGAGGACGUCAACAUGAAGAUCCCUCUCCUGCAGCGUGCUCAGGCCUUGUCUCCUCGCCCCUUGUCUCUGCUGGCUAGUGCCUGGAGCGCCCCCGCCUGGAUGAAAACUAAUGAUGCACUCAUAGGAAAGGGCUCCCUGAAGGGCCAGCCUGGUGGCAAGGAACAUAAAACAUGGGCUCAGUACUACAUCAGGUUCCUUGAGGAAUAUGCUAAAUAUAACUUGACCUUCUGGGCUUUGACUACAGGGAAUGAGCCCUCUGCAGGACAGAUGACGAACUACAGUUUCCAGGCUCUGGGCUUCACGCCUGAGGAGCAGCGGGACUGGGUAGCUCUGGACCUGGGCCCUGCCCUGCAUGCUUCAUCGUACCCACACACGCACAUCCUCAUACUGGAUGACAACCGCCUGCUGCUGCCUCACUGGGCUAAAGUGGUCUUAAAUGAUAUUCAUGCAGGAAGGUACAUUCAUGGUGUGGCAGUCCACUGGUACAUGGACAGUCUCGUCCCAGCUGAGAUGAGCCUGGGAGUCACCCAUCAUCUCUAUCCAGAUUAUUACCUGUUUGGCACAGAGGCCUGUGCAGGGUGGAACCCGCUAGACAGAGGGGUGAAGCUGGGGAGCUGGGACAGGGCUGAACAGUACGCACAUGACAUCAUGGAGGACUUAAAUCAUUAUGUGGUGGGCUGGACUGACUGGAAUCUGGCGCUGGACCAGACUGGUGGGCCAAACUGGGUUAAAAACUUUGUGGACAGCCCUGUUAUAGUGGAUACAAAGCGCGAUGUCUUCUACAAGCAGCCAACUUUUUAUAGCAUGGCUCAUUUCAGUAAGUUCCUGUGGGAGGGGUCUCAGAGAGUGGGGGUGUCUGCCAGUCGGAAGACAGACCUGGAAUACUCUGCCUUCAUCAGACCAGACGGCUCAGUUGUGCUCAUCAUACUGAACAGGUCAUCAUCAGUGAUCCUGUUUGAAGUGUGGGAUCCCGCUGUGGGCUACAUCACCUCCACUGCUCCGGCUCAUUCACUGCUCACACUUGCUUGGAACACGCACUGAUCAUGAAUACGAGGACACGUGUAUAUAGUUUUGUUUAACCUGAACUACAUAAUAACUCUUUUUACAUACAUUUCAACGCGCCACAGAGUAAGCUUUUAAAUGCUUAUUCAUUGUCAAGUCAAUCAAACAGACAUUUUUUAAAUAUCCUACUGCAACUUUUUUUCUUUUUUUUUUUUUAAUCUACCAUACUUUUCAGCACAGAUAUUGUGAUAUCACUGGUCACUUGAAUUAACCUCAGCUCAACUGAUAUGCACUGAAAAUCCUAAAAUGCCUUUGUAAUGCACCACUUCCUAUCAGGGAUGGUACCUGAAAAUGGUGAAUGCAUCACCUCACCAGAAUGAUCUCUGCUUAAGUGUAAUUGCUGCCUCGAUUUCCCAGCUAAUAAGAUGCUUUAAGUGUCCGAAUCUCUGAAGAUAUCAUAUAAAUAAUGUACAGAGUUUCUAAAUGCCUUCCAUUGUUACUAUUAAAUCUUAUCAUUUUAAAUAAAACACAUAUUGUUCUAAAAUA